UUUUACGGAAACGGAAAGGGUGGUACACAUGUAAAGUGAAACCUCGAAGCUAGAUCUCGUCUGCCCGAGUUAUUACUUUGUCAGUAAACAAUUAUGGCGGCCGCGGAUCCCUGGUCCUCGAGUCAUGACAGGCCCGCAAGCAGAGGAGAGUUCCCGGCUGGUGAGAGCAGCAACGAGCGCGAUGGCCCGGGAGGAAGCGGCGGAGAGGGAGAAUCCGAGCCAGAUCGGUCAACAUUUGAAUGCAACAUUUGUUUGGACACAGCAAGGGACGCUGUCAUCAGUUUGUGCGGGCACUUGUUCUGCUGGCCCUGCCUUCAUCAAUGGUUGGAGACACGGCCCAGCCAACAGCAGUGUCCUGUGUGUAAAGCGGGCAUCAGCAGAGAGAAAGUCAUCCCCCUCUACGGCAGAGGGAGCUCCAGCCAAGAGGACCCGAGGUUGAAAACCCCGCCUCGGCCUCAGGGACAGAGAACGGAGCCAGAGAGCAGAGGGCCCUUCCAGGGGUUUGGGGACACUGGCUUCCACAUGUCCUUUGGGAUCGGUGCAUUCCCAUUCGGCUUCUUCACCACAGUCUUCAACACCAAUGACCCCUUCCACAGAGCAGACGCAUACGCAGCCGAUCACCAAGGCAACCCUGACAACGGCAACAACUGGCAGGACUCUCUCUUCCUGUUCGUGGCCAUCUUCUUGUUCUUCUGGCUGCUGACUGUGUGAGGGAGAAGAUGGAUAGGAAGGUGGAAAAGGAGAGGUGUAGGGAUGGGGGAGUAUGUGUGUGUAUGUAUGUAUGUAUAUAUAUAUAUAUUACACACACAUCAAAGCAUCAGGAUGGACCGACUUUCUGGCUCAGUAGUGACUGGGAGACUUUAGACUAUAGAUGGGUGGUGGUGGGAUGACUGUCAGUUUACUCUUAGCAAGCGAUAUCUAAUGCAGCAAACAAACGAGUCAAAUAUGUGUAUUCCCCCCCCCCCCCCCCCCCCAAAUGAUUUACGAGAUUCAUUUGGAUUGGGAGAGUACACUGAGACACCACUUUGUGGUGGUGGAUGAUACCCAAACGUGAGGGUGAGUGAAGCGAAGUCAAUCUUUCGACCUUUCUCUGCAUUUGUACAUAAAUACACACACACACACACACACACACAGUGGAUACCUGGGUUGAAGCGUGGGGGCUGACUUUUUAGGGAUGGGUCUGGUGUAUAGACUGGAUCAGUGUUGAGAGAAAUGGUUGGAUUGAGUUAAUUGUAAAUUAGGGGAGUAUGACAAUGAUCACUAAGUAACUUUACUGUACAACAAUACCUAUGUAAUGGGGUUAACAUAGAGAUACAGUUAAGUCGGAAGUUUACAUACACCUUAGCCAAAUACAUUUAAACUCAGUUUUUCACAAUUCCUGAUUUAAUCCUAGUAAAAAUUCCUUGUUUUAGGUCAGUUAGGAUCACCACUUUAUUUUAAGAAUGUGAAAUGUCAGAAUAAUAGUACAGAGAAGGAUUUAUUUCACCUUUUAUUUCUUUCGCACCGAAGUGCGUUCAUCUCUAGGAGACAGAAUGCGUCCCCUUCCUGAGCGGUAUGACGGCUGCGUGGUCCCAUGGUGUUUAGACUUACGUACUAUUGUUUGUACAGAAUAACGUGGUACCUGCAGGCGUUUGGAAAUUUCUCCCAAGGAUGAACCAGACUUGUGGAGGUCAUCAAAUUUUUUUCUGGGGUCUUGGCUGAUUUCUUCUUUUGAUUUUCCCAUGAUGUCAAGCAAAGAGGCACUGAGUUUGAAGGCCUUGAAAUGCAGCCACAGGUACACCUCUAAUUGACUCAAAUAAUGUCAAUUAGCCUAUCAGAAGCUUCUAAAGCCAUGACAUCCUUUUCUGGAAUUUUCCGCGCUGUUUAAAGUCACAGUCAACUUAUGUAAACUUCUGACCCACUGGAAUUGUGAUGCAAGGAGUUAAGUGAAAUAAUCUGUCUGUAAACAAUUGUUGGGAAAAUUACUUGCGUCAUGUACAAAGUAGAUGUCCUAACCAACUUGCCAAAACUAUAGUUUGUUAACAAGAAAUUUGUGGAGUGGUUGAAAAAUGAGUUUUAAUGACUCCAACCUAAGUGUAUGUAAACUUCCGACUUCAACUGUACUUAGACAAAAUGGAAUACAAAAAUUACCCUUCGAAGGAAUUUCAGGUUUAGGCUAUUCCCCAAAUAUUAGAGCUUGUUUGGUUUUAAGGGAGGGUGAAAAUGGGAUUAUAACCUGAUACAAUAAAAAUAAAAAUUGCUAUAGACACUUUUUUUCCCCAGGCCAAAGAGCGAUGUAUUACCGUCAAGUAUGAUUUGGGGAAAAUGUAUUUGAAUAGUCCUGAUUACAACUAAACUGAUUCAAUUUUUGUCUGUAGAUUUUAAGAAAAUAAUUUAUGAAUAUUCUUUAGGAUGGUCUACAGACGGGUACAAUAACAACUUUGUAUAUUCUCUUAACAAACUGCCAUUGCACUGUGAAGUCAUAGAUAAGACAGGCCUAAUAAUGUGGACACGUUAUGAGAGUUCUUUGUCAUAUGUUAACAGACUAACACUAUUGUAAAGAGUCAUGAGAGUAGUGUACGGGAAGGCUGGAGUGAGCAGUAUUGUGUACAGUUGUGCUCUGGAGAAUUCGCCACAUAUGAGUAAAUACUGUAUGUUGUCACAGUAUUUUCUGGGGGACAGUUAGUGGAACAUUUAAACCUACAAAUCAAAAUGAUCUGGAACACAACACAGGAUCUUUUUGAUCUGGAUGAAAUGUACUAAAAACCUGUUCUUGGGGGUUUGUAGCUGGGCACAGUGCUACAAAGGAAAAUAUGACAGUCACGUUCAUUAAGGCACAACAUAGCAAAAUAAAACAAGUGUUUAUUGGACAAAUUCAGAUUGUACCUGUUUCACUGUUUUAUACAGUUUACUUCUGUUUUGUGCCUACUGAACAUGACCCAGGUGCAUAAGUCAAUACAGUGUUUAUCAGAUCCUUUUUGACUUAAGUCAGAAUGAGUAUUUGAUGUUAUCUGCAGCUGAAAUAAAUUAAAUGCGAUGAGCAACAUGAACUGUGCCCAAUGUGACAUGGACUAUUAUAAUUGUAAGAUUUCAAUGAGUGUUUCUCCUGAUUGUAAGUGUUUGUGUGUCUGUCUGUAUAUACACAUUUGUAUAUAUGAAUAUUGUAAAGGCUGUUUUUACGUGUUUCCGAAUGACCAGCCAUGGCAAUGAGACAAGAUGUGAGAUUGCUCGAGUUUAACCUGGCCAGCAUGUCAUGAUGUAGCAGAGUCCCCCUCUUCCACUCAGUGAAAGACAAGUUACAUUUCUGUACUCGUACAAUGCACUCUAACCUAUCUGACCGGUAUAUGAGAAGGAAACAGAAACUCCCAUUUCACCCUACCCAUUUCAUUUUGAUACAACUCCUGUGAAGUCUAUGAAAUGGGUUGAAGAUCAAGAGUGUCCAGGGACUCUGUAGCACCUUACCAAACAGCACCAGCCCAAUAACAUCCAUGCAAGGGGUUGAGUAAAGGAAGGGCUAUGGGGGCAUGAAAUGAUGGAAGAGGGUGGUCUUUCUUGUGAUGUACAGUUGAAGGGGCUAAGUAAUUUCAUACAUAUCACUGUCUGAUCAAGCUAGGCAUUUGUAUUCUGAGUCUUUUGUGACACAAAAGAUGGAAAUGACAUUUGUUUUGCAAGUCUUUUGCUAGAUGACACAGUGAGACAUUGUGCAAAACCGAAUGGUCACGGAGCUGUGGAAAUGUUUUCCUGCACUCUGAAUAAAUAGUUUAAUAAUACAUUUAA